AUUUACAUAAAAUUAGCGCUUUCCACCAAUCAGGUUUGAGAACGCGCGACAUCUCUGCGAUGCAGGAAACCGCUCCUCCAACGCAAGCAGUGACAACAUUGUAGCGGAGAAACGCCAGCGGUCUGGAAGCAACGAGGGGAGCACCACGGAAUAGACCCCGUUAUAUUGUUGUGUUUCCCCCAUCUAGAUCGUAUUCUGUCAGGUCUCUCUGAAAAGUGAAUCGAUACACCACUGAGGAUGUCCGUGGCAGGGCUGAAGAAGCAAUUUCACAAAGCCAGUCAGCUGCUGAGUGAGAAGAUAAGUGGUGCUGAAGGGACAAAGCUGGAUGAAGACUUCAUGGAGAUGGAGAGGAAAAUCGAUGUCACCAACAAAUCAGUGUUGGACCUCUUGACCAAAACAACAGAAUACCUACAACCUAACCCAGCUUCUAGAGCCAAGUUGGGGAUGUUAAACACAGUGUCGAAGAUGAGAGGACAGGUGAAGACCACAGGAUACCCACAGACCGAGGGCCUACUAGGGGAUUGUAUGAUGCGCUAUGGACAUGAUCUGGGAGAUCAGUCCUCCUUCGGCAGUGCGUUGGUGGACAUCGGUGAGGCCAUGAGGCAGAUGGCCGACGUGAAAGACUCUCUGGACAUCAGUGUCAAACAAAACUUUAUUGACCCACUCCAGAACUUACAGGACAAAGACCUCAAGGAGAUCACGCAUCACCUGAAGAAGCUGGAAGGGAGGCGGUUGGACUUUGACUAUAAGAAGAAGCGUCAGGGGAAGGUGCCUGACGAGGAGAUCCGUCAGGCGGUUGAGAAGUUUGAGGAGAGCAAAGAGCUGGCCGAGAGGAGCAUGUUCAACUUCCUGGAGAACGAUGUGGAGCAGGUGAGUCAGCUGUCAGCAUUGGUUGAAGCAGCGUUAGACUACCACCGUCAGUCCUUGGAGAUCCUAGAAGACCUCAACACCCAACUACAAAACAGGAUAUCCUCAGCCAGCAGUCGACCGAAGAGAGAAUUUAAACCAAAAUCCAUCAUGAGCAGCAUUGAGACCAUAGACAACACUCAGCACAAUGGAUCAUAUAGCUCCUCACUCAAGUCCUCAGACAUCCAGAUCAACCACACAGUUAAUGGAAAUGGGAAAACUGAUCCCUUCACCAUCGUUCCUCUGUCCUGGCCAGAGAGUCCCACGUUCAACGGCCACCAAUCGGAGGUGCUGGACCAGCCGUGUGCCAGGUCCCUGUAUGACUUUGAGCCAGAGAACGAUGGCGAGCUGGGCUUUAAGGAGGGUGACAUCAUCAUCCUCACCAACCAGAUAGAUGACAACUGGUACGAAGGCAUGAUAAACGGAGACUCUGGCUUCUUCCCAAUCAACUAUGUGGAGGUUAUCGUACCCCUGCCCCAGUAAGACAGGAACAGACAGGACACCACCCAAUCAGGGACCAAUCUCCAGAGCCCAACCUCCUCACAGCCGCCCCAGUCCCUACACCCUAUGCACCUGUGGAGAUCUGAGAGGGUUUUGUUAUUUUGAUCUGAGAGCUAUUUCCAUAUAGAUUGCACCGGUCGAAUCCGCUCAGAUCUCCACAGGUGCGUAGGGCGCAGGGUCUUGGGGUCGAUUUGGGAUUAUACACAGUGUCCAUUUCAUCAGACUUCAAUCCCCAGCCUCAAGCCUCCAGUCAUCAACCCCCAGCCUCCAGUCCCUACCCUUCACCCUCAGCCUUAGAAACACAGUACUGAAUCCCAAAUCGACCCUAUACCCUAGACACUUUUGUAGAUCUGAAAAGAUUGGACAGGUAUAAGGAAGGAAGUGGACAUUCUAAGCAGUCUAUCAGAAGGCAGAGUGAAGCAAAUGUACUGCUUUAAUCUUUGUCUUUUACAAUAUUUAUUUUCUACAUUGUUCUUUUCAUUGUUUGUGAAAGUGAAAAUCAGGGUUCCUCCCCCAAACAGUGUUCCAAUUGGAGCAGCUACAGGUGACACCAUCAGACAAGACGACUAAAAUAAUCACCUGAAAAUCGCUGUGUAACAGAAACCACUGAUGGUUUGAAAUAUUUUCUGGUUGUAAACUGAAGAAAGUCUUUCCAGGUUAUCAAAGAUGAUGCUUUUCUCAUGAUCUGCCACCAUGAGAAAACAAAGUGGAGUCUCCUGGAAAAAUCCACAUUGCUACUGUGCAUCUCCGUUUGGUUAGGGUUUUCCUGUGUAACUCUUCAAGUGUUGAUGUUGAGUUAGGAGUGGUCUUUUUGUUCCUUUUCUCUGCUGUUAUCUGUAGGGCCAGGAGUUAUGCCUGACCAUGUUACCUGACCAAGACAAACUCUAGUCCCUAGUUCUAGGUUAUUAUAGGCUUUAACAUGUGUCCAGAGUUGUUCCUGUUGUCUGUCUCUCUGUACCUCCGUCUGCCUGCCUGCCUGUCUGCCUGUUGUGCUCUUAAGUGUUAUCCCAAACACAUAUUUUUAAACUGUAAGGAACUGAUUUUACAACUCUGAAUGUCCCUCUCUCUCUCUGUGUUUACAUGGUCUGGUCUUACUGUGACGUAAAGACUCCUCUAAGGACUGUACCACUGUUCUGUGUCAGACGGGGGUGAAUGCCUUGACCCACUUGGACCGUUUAAGUGCUUUUUAAAAUGUUAAAAAGCUUUAGACCCGAACGCGCACCUCCGGACAUGCACAUACUGUAUGUUUUCUAGUUUCUCCUCAAGCACUGCACUUUCUAUGUCCUUCACCAUGAGAGGAAAUAUCUAUAUCACAUCAGUACUGUCUGUUAAGUUAUCACCAUGGUGAAUAUAUAGGUUGAUAUGGACCACGAUAUGUACUGUAUGUGAUGAAACAGUUUGUCUGCCAUGUAACGUCAGACCACCAUUGUAGAUUGAAUGAAGUCUCAAAAUUAUACACAUUAAAGGCAUACUCUGUCACUUUUCUUUCCCCUGUGGUAGCGCCACAAAGUACUUACACACUCGAAACCAAACACACAAACAAAAACUAACAUUGUUUGAUUCACAUCAAUCAGGCUCUUCUUUGUCUUUCUACUUUGCACUUGCGAAGACUCUCAAGCCUCCAAAACAAACAAGUGUUAUCUAAGGCCUCACAGGUGACCAGAAAUAGAAGCAAUGAAGUGUGCCUUUAAUGAGAUAUGCCUGUCUAGUAUCAUGUCUGAAGUCUGAUAACCCUGGGCUUAUUUAGGAAGUGCAGCAUUGCUCUGACCUGACCUUCUAAUUGACACGUCUCUUUAGCCCGAUAGUUGCUUUUUAACUGCCAAUAGCCUCUCUCUCUGCUGAGAAUGGAAUUUAUCAGAGCCCUAUAAUAAGUAUUAUGUACUGUGUAUAUAUAGCUCUGGAUUUUAUAUGUUCACCAUUCAACAGAAUGGAUAACUCCAUAUUGAUUGAACAACAAUGCCAUAACUGAAUCAUCAUCAUGUAUGGUCAUUUGUUUUCCUUUUUCAUUUAGAAAAACAGUAUUUAAAAAGCCACUGUAGUGUGUGGACAUUCCCUUUACCCAAAAGUCUGGAUUGGAUAUUUCUACCAAAAUACACUUAAACAUUCUUAAGCAUCUUCUUUCUAUAAGUAUAACCAUGUUCUGGACCAACUACACUAACUAAACAACAGGGGAAAUAUAGGACUAUGUCCAAAGGUGUCUAAAGGUAAUACACACUGUUUUCAUAAUGCUAGUGAAUAUGGAAAACCCCUGUUUGCAUGAUUUAAAAAGAAAGACUGUAGCCAUGGAUUUGAUUGUGAGAGAGAAAACAGAUUUUGUAGGAGGCAGCAUAAGAAAUGGAAAAACCUUCAAUGUGGAGGGAGAUUGUUCUGAAGCCCAACCCUUCUGUUCUGUAAUAGCCUGCUGCUUUCGUAAGGUGUCUGUCUGAUGGUUGACAGUGUGUGUGUCCGUCCCAUUUGGGACAAAGCCACUGUGUGAUGACUGAGAUGACACUUCCCCAACACUACAGCUGGACUAUAUGUCCAUGUCCACUGUUAACGCUCUCUUUGCUCUACUUAACCAGCUCUGAAACCACUCUGUUCAGUGUCACUUCACUCCAAAGUUAGUCAAUGGAAACUGGCUGUACAUACUUCAUGACCUCCUUUUUGUAUUUUAUUUCUGUAACAUAAUCUAUAUAAAAUGUGUUUUAUUGAUGUUGUAAAUGAAUAUAAUAAUACGUACUGUAUAUUGCGUAAAUAAAUGAAAAGCAAAUACUGA